UCUUUACUUGAUAUUUUAGCAAGAUAAGAAUUUCAAUUCGGAAAUUGAGGAAAGUAAAAAGUUUCUCAAAAAUUUUAAUAAAUGACAUUAUUUUAUAGAAAUAAACAUUAGUGUUUUUUUAAGAUAUUGAUAUAUAAAACUCUGGUCAUGAAAAUAGUGAGUACAGAAAAGACGACCAAAGCGAAGUGUAUAAGAUAUGUUGCUAAAGGAAAAGUGUAAAAAUAUGUGUUCGGUUUUUAUUUACGUAUAAACUCCAGAAAAUAAUUUGUCACAGUUUUGUACAUCUUACAGCAAAAAUAUAAAAAUUAAUAACAAAGGAGGAAAAAUAUAUUAAAUCCUCUGAGACAGUUUGUUGUAGAUUGCUUUGAAUCUUUGAGACAUCAAUACAUCUAUUCAGUUAUGAGUAAUUAUCGUCACCAUGGAGGAGGCGGUGGCUACAGUGGAAUUGAAAUCCGAAACAUGCAUCCACGAAUUUCUCAAAAUUUCACUUAUGUUAGUUCAUGUGUUAAAUAUCUGAUAUUCAUGCUAAAUUUCAUAUUCUGGCUUUCGGGAGGUCUAUUGCUGGGUGUGGGCCUUUAUGCUUUUAUGGACAAAUGGGAAGCCACAGGAUGGGUUCGUCUAGAAACAUUUUACGAUGUAAUACUUAACAUCUCUUUAGUAAUGAUGCUGACCGGAAUACUUAUUUCUGUAGUCAGCUUUGCUGGUUGCCUUGGUGCGCUCCGUGAAAAUACUUGUUUACUAAAAUUCUAUACUAUGUGCUUACUAAUGUUUUUUCUUUUGGAACUGGCCAUUGCCAUAAUGGGAUUUGUUUUUCCACAUAAUAUGAAUUCUUUCUUGGAAGACAAGUUCACUGAUAAAAUUAUUCAUUCGUAUCGUGAUGACCCAGAUUUACAAAAUCUAAUCGAUUUUGCGCAACUUGAAUUCAAGUGCUGUGGAUUGAGCAACUCUGGAUAUCAAGACUGGAGUAAGAAUGAGUAUUUCAACUGUUCAUCACCGUCAGUAGAACGAUGCGGAGUUCCAUAUAGUUGUUGUAUUAAUGCAACUGACAUAAGUUCUGGUUUGGUAAAUAUUAUGUGCGGUUAUGGCGUGCAAGAGCACUCGGUUGCAGCAGCCAGUAAACGUAUCUGGACUAGUGGUUGUAUUGAAAUUGUUCGAGUUUGGGCGGAACGAAACUUAUAUACUAUAGCUGGCAUUGCUCUAGGAGUCGCACUAAUACAACUUUUUAUCAUAUAUUUAGCUAAAACUCUAGAAGGCCAAAUAGAUCUCCAGAAAUCUCGUUGGAAUGCGUGAGAUGUUUUAAUGUAAGAACAAAUAUAUGGUGCGUUGGUAGCAACAUUCUCUAUAGCAAACAUAUAUACUUUCCGUGUAUUAUCAGUCUGUCAAUUUAAUUAUUUUGAACAUAUUGUGUUUAUAGAUUUUAUAAAAAUUUUUAUUAGAGUAUAUAAGAUAACAUGUUGCUCUUUUCGCUCAAAAAGUAUAUUGAUACUAUUGAAUUUAAACGCAUUUAAUACAUAUAUAACGAGUAAAAAUAAAGUUUUAUUGUUAAAAUCGCGUUUAGAUGUA